AUGGAACGGCGCCGCGGGCUGGGCCUGGUGGAUGUGCUGCUCGAGCGGCACAACGCCGGCCGCUUGAGGCGGCGAUGGCUUCUGGUGGCCGCCGUGGUCACCCUAAGCUACUGCCGCUACGCGCUCCCAGCAUUGGCUUGCUGGGGAUCCGGGCACUGGGAGAGGAGCGUAGACGCUAGCGAGUUCGAGGAGACGGUUGGUGGCCCUUACUCGCGUGUCAACUUCAGUGUCUUGGUUGUCGUCUCUCUCGGUUAUCUCUCCAUGCUGCAAUGUUCAUCGCGGCUCAUGCAGGCUCGUCUGCCCAUCAAAAAUACGAUCUUUGAAGUGCUCAUGGUUUACAACAUGACGCAGAUGCUUCUGAAUGCGUACGUUUGCGCGCAGCUACUGCGGGAAGCAUGGCAUGUGUUCCGCUUUCCGUGGGGCAAUCAGUUUAUCUACACGCAGGAGAGCCACCGCCUUGGUUACUUCGUUUGGUUCCACUAUCACUGCUGCCAGCUCGAGCUGCUGGACACGCUUUUCGUGGUGAUUCGGAAGAAGGUCCCGCGGACGAUAUUCCUCCAUGUUGGGCUCCGCCUGCUGAAUAUGUGGGCGUGGUUCUUCGCUUGCCGCUAUGCCUGUGGGGGAGACACCUACUUUCCGGCUGCUGUGAAUGCUGCCACAAGAGCGGUUGUGUAUGCAAUCUACAGCCUCUCCAUGCUGUCUGAGCGCGGGGUUCCCCUGGUAAUCAAAGCCCGCGUGACCGAGCUCCAGAUGUUUCAGUUCGCGAUCUGUGCUGGCCAUGCGCUGUUUUGCUUGUACACCUUCUGGGACAUGCAGAUUUCGAAGGCCAUCUUGGUUCUGUACUUGCUGGUGAUGGUGACAGGGCUGCUACUCUACACAGACUUCCAGAACCAAGCCGAAGGCAAGUCUGUGCGAAAGCUGGAAGCCGGGAGUAAGGUCAGCAUCGCCUUCGACUCCAGUGGUUGGCUGUUCUGCUACCACUUUGGCGUGGCAACAUGGCUGCGUGAGCAUCUGGUUCCCGAGGGCAUGACAGCCGAGGAGGCAGAGUCGGACAAGUUUCCGAACCAGCUGAUCUUCAGUGGUUCUUCAGGAGGCUCCUUGGUCGCCUCCACCCUCUCCUGUGGCCUCAACCCCAAGGACUGUUUCGAAGAGGUCCUCAAGACUCAUCCGGAGUGUGCUCGGAACCCCUUCAAGCUGCUGCCAGCAGUGGAAGCCACGCUGCGCAAGUGCCUACCUCCCAACUCCUAUCGAUGCCUGUCGGGGCGCCUUCGCGUGCUGACGACCCGAAUCUCCAUGAAGUUCCCCUUCUUCAGCGCGGAGGUGGUGAACAGCUUCAAGAGUCAAGAAGACGUCUUCCAUGCGCUCCGCGCAUCGUGCCACGUGCCGUUCGUGGGCGGCUUGGGACCCUAUUGCUACGAUGGCCACGCGUACAUCGAUGGGAUGUUCUGGCCGCAGCUGCUGGUUCCGUGGAAAGGCAAUGAUGCCGACUAUGUUAUUCGAGUGUCCGCUCUGCUUCCAAGUCCCUCCACGGACAUGGGCGCACCGUUCCCACCGACAUGGUGGGCACUCUUACCGCCGCCCGUCCCAGUCCUGCGAGGGCUGUACUGGCAAGGCUAUCGUGACGCGGCUCGAUGGUUCAGCGGCACUUCGGAGACCUCACCAUGCUGGUCCUGCAAAUCUGCUGCGAGCGAUGGAAUCCGCCGCAGAAACUCAAGCAGAGGCCGCCUUGCAUCAAAGGAGCGAGCCGAGGAUGAUGACGCGACCCGGUGGUCUGAGAUCCAGAAGUUGCUGCUCAAGAAACCAAACGGCGAAGAGCUGCCAGAUCUGGACGAUGCGACCGGUGAGCGACCAGAGAAGUACAUCAAACUCAUGGAAGCCACGAUGCAGCGAGACAAAUCUUAUCUCUUGGGGCUGUCCAUUGCUACCUGUGCGUCCGUUUGUGUGUGGGGCCUCCUUGGCUGGCUCUGA